AUUUCGUUUUUCUUGCUUUUGUUUUUCUUUGAUAUACAAGCUUCGCUUGGAUUACCAUGGGCCCACAAGGCAUGGCGCGCUCGGUUCCCCGAGUCUCGAGGGUCGUACGAUCAUUGACUCAGCGCAAUAGCCUCUCUACUUUGAUUGCGAAGCGUCCAGUUCUCCGAGCCAGCUCCCUAUUGCAGUCCCGCGCAUUAUAUCAGGCUUCCCAGCGCAGAGCACAGCCGGCCACCGCGCAAUCAAACACAACCAGAUACUCAUCCAAUCCAGCCCUCUCCUUUCCCUGCCUCGAUGCUCAGGAUGCCAUAUCUGCCCAGCUCUCCGCACGGUCGCUCGAAUCCGGACCCGAACCCUCCUAUACCACCGGACAGCACGAACAAUUUCACUGCGAAGAUCCGAUUCUCCUCGACUGGGGCGGCGUGCUCCGCGAAUUCAAUAUUGCAUAUGAAACGUGGGGUCAAUUGAACGCGGACAAGAGCAAUGCCAUUCUGCUGCACACCGGUCUUUCGGCAUCGAGUCACGCACACAGCACCGAAACCAACCCCAAGCCGGGCUGGUGGGAGAAGUUUAUUGGCCCCGGCAAGCCUCUCGACACGAACAAGCAUUUCAUAAUCUGCACGAACGUUAUCGGAGGAUGUUACGGAAGCACUGGACCUUCGUCGAUCGACCCUUCAGACGGCAAGAGAUACGCCACUCGAUUCCCCAUCCUUACGAUAGACGAUAUGGUACGGGCACAAUUCCGUCUCCUUGACUCACUGGGCAUUCAAAAAUUGUAUGCGUCUGUUGGUUCCAGCAUGGGCGGUAUGCAAAGUCUCGCUGCGGGUGUCCUAUUCCCGGAGCGCAUCGGCAAAGUUGUGAGUAUCAGCGGGUGCGCCCGAAGCCACCCAUACAGCAUUGCGAUGAGACACACGCAGCGCCAGGUGCUGAUGAUGGACCCGAAGUGGGCCCGGGGUUUCUACUAUGACUCCGUGCCGCCUCAUUCGGGGAUGAAGCUCGCUCGAGAGAUCGCUACGGUAACAUACCGCAGUGGCCCCGAAUGGGAGAUGCGCUUUGGACGCAAGCGUGCGGAUCCCAGCAAGCAACCCGCUCUUUGCCCAGACUUCUUGAUUGAAACAUACCUUGACCAUGCGGGUGAGAAAUUCUGCUUGGAGUAUGACCCGAACAGUCUCCUUUAUGUCUCCAAGGCCAUGGAUCUGUUUGAUCUGGGGUAUGCCCAUCAAGAAGAGACCAUGAAGCGAAGAGCAGCCAAUGAAGUCAAGAUUGCCGAGGGUGGUAACGAUACCCAGGAGAACAACAUCACCUGCAGCUUGACCCUUCCCACCAAGCCGUACGAAGAACAGCCGUUCCAGACUGCGUCUACGCCUUCGAUGGACCAGUCUGUUACUGAGGGUGGAGAGGCCCCGGACACGCCCCCGCAGGACCUGGUUCGUGGACUCGCGCCACUGAAGAACCACCCUGUCCUGGUCAUCGGGGUCGCCAGUGAUAUUCUCUUUCCUGCUUGGCAACAGCGAGAAAUCGCAGAGACGCUUCGCGCCACAGGGAACCAGACUGUGGAGCAUAUUGAAUUGGGAGAGGAUGUUUCAAUUUUUGGACAUGAUACGUUCCUCCUUGACCUGAAGAACAUUGGAGGCGCAGUGGAAAGGUUCUUGCAGUAGACGUGGAACUUGAAUUUGAAUUGAGAUACCACAUGUACUGUACUUUUAUUGGCAUUGGUGAGGUUGUGGUCACAUUUUACAUACCCAGCUGACUUGACCUGGAUCAGUGUCAUCAGGAAGCCAGAAAAGCCGUUCUUUAUGUAGGCAAGUACAUAGAAGAGAUGAUCAGCAUAAGGACAUAAAUCGUUUACCUUAAUUCUUCGCUACCAGCCUGCACUACCGUGGAGUUUCUUAGUACUUUCAAGUCAUUUAGCC